AUGGAAAAAUGCAAAGAAGCAUUAACUCCAAUGGGAACAUCAACCUAUCUUGACUUAGAUGAGAUAGGUAAAUCAGUGGAUGAGUCAAGGUAUAGAGGUAUGAUUGGUUCACUUCUUUACUUAACUGGAAGUCAACUAGAUAUUAUGCUUAGUGUUUGCUUGUGUGCAAGGUAUCAGUCUAAUCCGAAGGAAUCUCACUUGACAACUAUUAAAAGGAUCAUUAAGUACCUUAAGGGCACAACCAAUGUUGGUUUGUGGUAUCCCAAAGGUACCUCCUUAAAUCUAAUUGGAUUUUCAGACUCUGAUUCUACAGGGUGCAAACUAGAUAGGAAAAGCACAAGUGGGACAUGCCAUCUAUUGGGAAGCUCUCUUGUAUCUUGGAAUUGCAAGAAACAAGCCUGUGUAGCACUAUCCACUGCAGAAGUUGAAUGCAUUGCAGUUGGAAGUUGA